GACUCCGUCCCGAAUCGGAUUUUAACCUGUUGGUGUUGGGUUUGCUUCGGUUGCGGCGCGCUUAUGGCUUCAUCAGCACCGACGGGCUCGGCGGCGCCGGACUCCCGAAUUCCUAGGAAGUCGUUAGGGUUCAUAGCAAACGCAAAGAAGAACAAGCAUAGCUUCAUUCAAUUCUUCGCUGUGACUGGUAUUUUUCUUCUGAGUAUCAGAUCCUUGGGCCAAAAAUACCGCAUUCACGACCUUCAAGAGGACACCGCCGCUCUCAAACAGGAGCAAGAGUCCCUCGCCGAUCGGAUGAACAACAUAAAACGUAGUCUUCUCCACGAGGCCUCUCUCGAGCCCACUGGAGCAUUCGCCUCCCGCCUCCGCCUCCUCUUCAGCGACGACGAUUAGGUUAUACUGUCAUAGUCAAUCCAUUUCUGAGUGAGUUCUUGUUACCUUAAGUUUAUUAGGGAUUUUAUGCUUUGUGCCCAUUGAAUUAAUAACCAUUUCAUCCCUUCAGAACUUGCUUGAUAGUGAUUUUUGGUAUGGAUAUGAAUGUCACCCUAUUGAGGCUUUUGCUUUCUGAUAUAAUGAAUUCAGGAUUAGUUAUGUUUUUGCUUUGAAAUUGAGAUUAAAUUCAAUUUCUUCCUCGCAGAACAAAGCAUUUCGUGAUCU